CCUAGCCUUAUCAGCUGUUUGUUGUGCGUGAAAAUUCUAUUUUAUUUUCACGGAAAAAUGCAGGAUUUACGGAGAGUCGACCAGCUGCGACUACCGAAUGGCGACGGCGCCGCUGCCAACGAUGAGGUCAAGUCCCCGUUCCUGAUCGGCGUGGCCGGCGGCACGGCCAGCGGCAAAUCGACGGUCUGCAAGAAGAUCAUGGAGCAGCUGGGCCAGGCGGAAAUGGACCACACGCAGCGCCAGGUGGUCUCCAUCAGCCAGGACAGCUUCUACAGGGAGCUCACGCCUGCCGAAAAAGCCAAGGCCCAGAAGGGCCUCUUCAACUUUGACCAUCCGGAUGCCUUCAACGAGGAACUCAUGUUCAGCACUCUACAGAACAUCCUGAAGGGACACAAGGUGGAGAUUCCCAGCUACGACUACCGCACCAACUCCUUGGACUUUGAAAACGUGCUGGUUAUCUACCCAGCCGAUGUGGUCCUGUUCGAGGGCAUCCUGGUCUUUUACUUUCCUAAGAUACGCGACCUGUUCCACAUGAAGUUGUUCGUGGACACCGACUCCGAUACCAGAUUGGCCAGGAGAGUGCCACGUGAUAUCAACGAACGUGGUCGGGACCUGGAUGCCGUGCUCACCCAAUACAUGACCUUCGUAAAGCCCGCUUUCGAGGAAUUCUGCUCGCCUACGAAAAAGUUUGCUGACGUUAUCAUACCACGCGGCGCCGACAACACAGUUGCCAUUGAUCUUAUUGUACACCAUAUCGGGGAGAUUCUCGCCACCACCAACAGCGCACAGCACAGCAACACAGUCAGGGUGGCGGCGUCUAGCAUGAAGCGAGAUCACUAAAUGCAAACGCAAACUCGCUUCUGGGGCGACCACUUCCUCGUCCUAACGCCGCGUCUUCAGCUUGUACUAAUUGCCAAAAACUAAAGCCCAAAAGCUAAAGAAAGAAAGAAAACCGAGGCGACAGAAAUGUUCAUUAAUGAGCGCCGGCAUCGCUUCUCAUUUGGUCUUCUCAUCGUAACCAAUUAACGUAGCCUAAGAUUGAAAAGUAUCCUUAGUAUCUACUCUUGCAUAUGUUCAACAAUACAUGGUAGUGUGUAUGUAAGCUCGUUUCUGUUCAUCAAGAUAACCCAACCUGCGAUUGCGAUCCCAGUCUAACUCUGGUCUUACCUAUAUCGAAAUGUUACACUUUAAAGUUAUCCUUUGGUCUAACCCGGUGCCCAGCCCCGAUUUGGCCUCCUUUCGAGUUAAGCACUCUACUCACCAAACCACACAUGUUACACAUCUAACUAUUGUAUCUAUGUUCCAAUGCCCGAUACUUUGCUAAUAACUUUUAUCACAUUCUGUACUUUGGAUGCUAAUAUACUUUUAAGGGACUCCUUUAUUAACUUUUAAAAGCUGAAAUACUUUUGUAUUUAAACACACUUUGUAUAUAUUUAACUAGAAGCUACCUACCUAAAAAUAUGUAGGACCUUUAUAGUUCUUGCUGAUUUUGUAUACCUAUAUUAUCUUCUAAAUGGUCUAUAAAUAACUCAUUCCUUAAUCUCGACUUUUCAAAAACUACUGUUUACUUGUUUGUAGAUGUCCUUGAAACAUAUUCUAUCUAGUAACUAUCUAAUUUAGAGAAUGUAGUUUCGAUUAACAUUUAUAACUAAAAAAUAAACUAAAUAUAUCCAAAUAAGCAAUAUAGAUUUCCAUAACAUUUUGAUUUAAAUUUUUAAAUUCCUUCCGAGUACCGGGCAUCUAAAAAGUCGGAACUUGCGACUUUAGUAUUAUAUAAUAGAGUCUCCUCUAAACACUUUAAUGAAGUCUCAAAUAUACAAAUGCAAGACAGAUAAUUUUGCCUAGCAAGGCGCGAAGAUAAA